AUGGCGUCACUCCCUCGCCUCGCUUCGGUGUCCCCUCGAAAAAAACUGGGCGUCUACCUGGCCACCUCUCGACAUGCAGUAAGUUCUGUCCUGAUCAAGGAGGCUUCUGGAGAGCAGCUACCGAUUUACUACACUAGCCAUGUCCUCAAUGGACUCGAGGAGCGAUACACUCCGAUCGAGAAGCUAGCGCUCGUGCUCGUAUUGACAGCCCGGAAGCUGCGCCCCUACUUCCAAGCUCACCCGAUUGAGUACGUCCCGAGGACCGCCAUCAAAGCACAGGCGGUGGCCGACUUCAUCUCCGAACUGACUCAGCCCGAGGCCGAGGGGCCGGAAAGCAUGAAGACGGAAUGGCUCCUCCGCAUUGACGGAUCAUCCGGCCGAAAGGGCGCGGGGGCCGGGCUGGUGCUAGAAGCCCCCGAUGGGCGCUCGUUUGAGCACUCCCUUCGCUUCGGAUUCAAGGCCACCAACAACGAGGCGGAGUACGAGGCGCUGCUGGCAGGGCUCAGACUAGCCGUCGAAAUGCAAGUCGACGACAUACACGUCCUCAUCGACUCGCAGCUGGUAGCCGAGCAGCUCUUCGACGGGUAUGAGGCCCGGGACCCAAUCAUGUCGAAGUAUCUAGCGGAGGUAAGAGUUCUUGUCGCCUGCUUUUCCCGCUUCACAUUAUCUAGGGUGCCGAGACGCCAGAAUGAUCGGGCGGACACAUUGGCAAAGCUGGCCUCUAGAUCGGGUCCCGAGGGCGAGCCCGACGUGGAGGAGCUCCCCACCCGAGCCAUCACGGUCGCAACGGUGGCCACCGUUGGCCCACUAACAACAUGGGUGCAGGAGAUGUUACAAUUCAAACGUCAUGGGACACUCCCUGAGGACAAAGCCACGGCUCGACGCCUGCGCCAAACCCAAGCCUGGUGUUGUGUAAUCGACGGACGAUUAUACAUGAGGUCGUAUUCACGCCCCCUCCUACGCUGCCUGGAGCCUGAAGAGGCUCAGUCGGUUCUCGCCGAAGUCCACGACGUUAUUUGCGGUGAGCACAUAGGUGGGCGCACCCUAGCAUUCAAAGUGCUCCGUCAAGGGUACUAUUGA